UGUGAGGAUUUCCAGUCAGGAUUUAGAUCGUAUCAUAGUACUGAGACUGCUCUCAUUAGAGUUACAAAUGACCUGCUUCUAUCAUGUGAUCGCGGUUGUAUCUCUUUAUUAGUUCUACUGGAUCUUAGCGCUGCGUUCGACACUAUCGACCACAACAUUCUUUUGAAUAGACUAGAAAACUUUGUUGGCAUUAGUGGAAGUGCCUUAGCAUGGUUCAAAUCAUACUUAUCUGACCGCCAUCAGUUCGUAGCAGUGAAUGAAGAGGUAUCAUAUCGAUCACAAGUGCAGUAUGGAGUACCUCAAGGCUCAGUACUAGGGCCGUUACUUUUCACAUAUCUAAAUUGCGACCUAUGCUCUCAACGUCAAAUGCAGAAAUGUUAGUUCAUGUGUUUAUGACCUCAAGGUUAGAUUAUUGUAAUGCUUUAUUGGGUGGUUGUUCUGCACGCUUGAUCAACAAACUACAGUUGGUCCAAAAUACAGCAGCUAGAGUCCUUACUAGAACCAGGAAAUAUGACCAUAUUAGCCCGGUUCUCUCAACACUGCACUGUCUCCCUAUCAAACAUCGGAUAUAUUUUAAAAUCUUGUUAAUUACUUAUAAAGCCCUGAAUGGUUUAGCUCCUCAGUAAUUGAGCGAGCUCUUAUCAUACUAUAGUCCUCCACAUUCAAUGCGUUCUCAAAACUCUGGCCGUUUGAUAAUACCUAGAAUAUCAAAAUCGACUGCGGGCGGCAGAUCCUUUUCCUAUUUAGCACCCAAACUCUGGAACAAUCUACCUAACACUGUUCAGGAGGCAGACACACUCUGUCAGUUUAAAUCUAGAUUAAAGACCCAUCUCUUUAGCCUGGCUUACACAUAACACACUAAUACGCUUCUAUUAUUCAAAUCCGUUAAAGGAUUGUUAGGCUGCAUUAAUUAGAUCAACCGGAACCGGGAACACUCCCCAUAACACACGAUGUACUCGUUACAUCGUAAGUAGAAUGGCAUCUACGCUAAUAUUUGAAUUUUUCUUUCUUAUUCUGUUUCUCAGUCCGUGUCCGGAUCAGAUGGUGGAUCGGCGCCGGGAGAUGAUGUCUGCGGCCCUGAUCGUCAGGCGGAGACCAGGACGCCUAGAUGAGCCCCAGAGACAUAUACCCAGACUACACAAAGUCCCUCCCUUACACAGCGGCUAUAAAUGUGUGAGUGCAUCAGUCUGAGGAUCUCAGAGAGAAAAUGGCUGUUGUUGAGUCGCUGCUGCAGUUUCUCAGCACAGGUACAUUACUGGGAGCUUUGCUGUUGCUUCUGGUUUUGUAUUUGCUUUCUUCUGGAUCCAAAUCUCAGAAAGAAGGGAAAGAGCCACCGGGACCCAAACCACUGCCACUGGUGGGGAACCUGCUGACCCUUGACCUCACGAGACCCUUUGACACCUUUUUUGAGCUCUCCAAAACAUACGGGAACAUAUUCCAAGUGUUUUUGGGUCCCAAAAAAACUGUGGUCCUAGUUGGAUACAAAACUGUCAAAGAAGCUCUUGUUAACCACGCAGAAGAGUUUGGUGACAGAGAUAUUGGACCUGGUUUCAGGAUAAAGAAUGAUGAGCAUGGGAUCCUGUUUUCCAAUGGAGAGAACUGGAAAGAGAUGCGACGCUUUGCUCUCAGCAACCUGCGGGAUCUUGGGAUGGGCAAGAGAGGAAGUGAAGAGAAAAUCAUAGAGGAAAUUGAGUAUCUGAAAGGAGAGUUUGAUAAGUUUGAAGGAAAACCCUUCAACACGACACAACCUGUGAACUACGCUGUGUCAAACAUCAUCUCAUCGAUUGUGUACGGCAGCAGAUUUGAAUACACAGACCCUCAAUUCACUGCAAUGGUCGACAGAGCAAACGAAAAUGUUCGGGUUGGUGGAUCAAUUUCUAUGAUGCUCUUCAACAUAUUUCCAUGGUUGGGUCCGUUCCUGAAAAACAGAAGGAUUAUUGUAGACAAUAUUAUCCAAAGUAGAGAACAGAUGACAAAGUUGAUCAAUGGGCUUCUGGAGACUCUGAAUCCACACGACCGCAGAGGGUUUGUUGACUCCUUUCUCAUCCGCAAACAGAACGACGAGAAAUCUGGCAAGAAGGACUCAUACUUUCACCAGGACAAUCUUAUGGUAUCUGUGACAAAUCUCUUUGUCGCUGGUACUGACACCACAGGAACGACUCUGCGCUGGGGUUUGAUGCUUAUGGCCAAAUACCCUCAUAUACAGGAUCGUGUUCAGGAGGAGAUUGACAGAGUGAUCGGUGGACGUCAGCCAGUGGUGGAAGACAGAAAGAAAUUACCGUAUACAGAUGCAGUGAUUCAUGAAACUCAGAGACUGGCAAACAUAGUACCUUUGAGUCUACCGCAUAUAACCACCUGUGACGUUACCUUCAAUGGAUACUUCAUCAAGAAGGGCACCACUGUAGUUCCUCUGCUGACGUCUGUUUUGAAGGAUCCAAGUGAAUGGGAAAAACCAAACAGCUAUUAUCCAGAACACUUCCUUGAUGAGAAGGGCCAGUUCGUCAAGAGAGAUGCUUUCAUACCCUUUUCUGCAGGACGCAGGGUUUGUCUUGGAGAGAGUUUGGCCAGGAUGGAGCUCUUCCUGUUCUUCACCUCCCUUCUUCAGAGCUACCGCUUCACGACUCCACCUGGAGUGUCUGCAGAUGAUCUGGAUCUCAAAGGAGUAGUAGGAAUAACUUUGAAUCCGUCCCCACACAAACUGUGUGCGAUCAGACGCUCCUGAAUGAUGAAAAUAUCAGCAGUCCUUAAAAGAUUACGGAAACCGAACAUCUCAGCUCGUUUCAGUAUGAGUUGGAUGAUUUCUGCACUUUUUUUAACUUUUUCCUUUGAGUAAAUGUAUAUAUGAAGAGUUCAGAUGGAAAAGCUUCUAAGUGCCACCUGAAAUUUUCUUCUAAAAUUAGAAGUUUUCUCAGGCUCAUAUGUUUAUGUUCAGUUAUUUCACUUUAAUGGUAAGAAAAGAACCUAUUCAUUGCAAUUAAAGAGAAAUUACUAAACCUACACAUAUGAGCCUGAUAAAAAUGCUCAUUUUAGAAGAAAAUUUCAAAUGGCACUUAGAGGCUUUUGCAUCUGAACUCUUCAUAUGUGAAACCAACCACUUUGGCUUCUUGUAAAACAUCUCAGACAAAUAAAAGGUUGUAAUAGGCCAAACAAAACAUUUUGAGGUUAUUUGCUAGAUUGCUAUUCAUUGAAUGUUGUUACUGAUUGUUUGGGGGACUAAAAAGUUGUUAUAAUUUGGAUGUAAAUUAAGUGCGACCUCUCACAAAGCACAGGUGCUCUUUCACAGAGCAUGCAUAGAAAGGAGACAGUGGUACUUUUUAUUAUGACUAAUUUCAACUUUUUAUGCCAUAAUUAUGACUUUUAUAACAGUCAACAAGCAGUUUUUUUAGAAUAAACAAAACACAGUUUUACGAAAGAAUUACAACUUUAUUUACUUUAUUGAAAUAUUUAGCUUACUUGACUUCUUCUUUGAUAAUUACAAUAUUUUUGCAUUAUUUGACAGCUGUCCAUCAUUUUUUUUGCUGUUGUUGUGGUGUUAAUUGUAGUUUGCUCCUUUAUUCUCGCAUUAUGGCAUUUAAAAAAAAAAACUUACAUGCAUUUCACUUCACAAAUAAAAUAUGCUUUUAGGCAAACAUUGUUUUUGUUGGCCCACUUU